AUGAAAGAUUUUAUAAUUUACCGGGAACCACAUGUUUCUCCAGCACAAGUAACUGAAAAUAAUUUUCCUGAAAAGGUAUUACUGUGUUUUUCAAAUGGAAAUCACCAUGAUAUUGUUUACCCCAUAAAGUAUAAAGAUAGUUCUGCUAUGUGUCAGUCUCUUCUUUAUGAAUUGCUCUAUGAGAAGGUGUUGAAAGCUGAUGUCAGUAAAAUCGUGAUGGGACUAGACACUUCUGAAGUAGCUGAUGGAAACAACAGUGAAAUAUCAGAUUCAGAGGAUGAUAGUUGCAAGAGGAAAACUGCUAAUGAUGUGAAUGGAUUUAAACCUUUGUCAGGCGAUGAGCACUUGAAGAACAAUGGGAAUUCUACUAGCCUUCCCUUGUCUAGAAAGGUUCUUAAGUCACUCAAUCCAGCAGUCUACAGAACUGUGGAAUAUGAAAUUUGGCUGAAGUCUAAACAAACUCAACAAAAGCGUGAUUAUUCCAUUGCUGCUGGUUUACAAUAUGAAGUUGGAGAGAAAUGCCAAGUUAGGUUGGAUCACAAUGGAAAAUUUCCUAAUGCAGAUAUUCAAGGAGUUCACUCUAAGAAUGGACCAGUUUUGGUUGAAGAAUUGGGAAAAAAACAUGCUGUGAAGACCCUCAAACCACCUCCCCCAGAAAGCUGGAGCACAGUGUCAGGAAAGAAGAUGAAAAAACCUUCUACUUCGGGACAAAAUUUUCAUUCUGAAAUGGAUUACAGAGGGCCAAAGAAUCCAAGCAAGCCAAUAAAAGCCCCAUCAGUACUACCUCCUCGGCUCCAGCAUCCUUUGGGAAUAAGACAACAUGCAUUCUCUAGUCACUCUUCAGGGGCACAGUCUCAGAAAUCCUCCAGUGAACACAAAAAUCUUGCCAGGACACCUUCACAGAUCAUGAGAAAACCUGAUCGUGAGAGAGCUGAGGAUUUUGAUCACACGAAUAGAGAAUCUCACUAUUUUGGCCUCUCCCCUGAAGAACGCAGAGAGAAGCAAGCCAUAGAAGAAUCUCUUAUACUUUAAGAGAUUCAGAACAGAGAUGAACAGGCUUUCCCAACCCUUUCCAUGUCAUCAGUCAGUACAUCAGCUUCUCAAAGUAAACCAUGUGUCCAGAGAAAAUCAUCCCACGGAAGUGAUAGAAAAGGAAACAGGCGGAGAAUGGACACAGAAGAACGGAAGGACAAAGACUCUGUCCAUGGAUCUACUCACUUGGAUAAAAAACCUGAACCAAGUACAUUAGAGAAUAUUAGUGAUGAUAGAUGUGCAAGAGUUUCAUCACCAUUGAAGUCAAAGAAAUUAGAGUGCCCAUCUCCUGCAGAACAAAAGCCAGCAGAACAUGGGUCUCUGUCAAAUCGACCAACAGGUGUCCCUGCUUCAAUUCCUCUUUUAUCGGUGACACAGACUCUGACCACUGGACCUGAUUCUGCUGUAUCCCAACCUACAACUUUUGGACCAACAGUUCCUGUGUCAAUACAGGCAGUUAACCAGCCCUUGAUGCCUUUGCCUCAGACAUUGAGCCUUUACCAGGACCCACUGUAUCCUGGGUUUCCUUACAAUGAAAAGGGAGAUGGAGCCACUGCACCACCUUAUUCACUGUGUCACACUGGAGAGGACUUGACUAAAGAUAAGAAUAUUCUUCGUUUCUUCUUCAAUCUUGGAGUGAAGGCAUAUAGUUGUCCGAUGUGGGCCCCACAUUCUUACCUGUACCCUCUGCACCAGGCCUACCUGGCAGCCUGCAGGAUGUACCCAAAGGUCCCUGUCCUUGUCUAUCCUCAUAAUCCUUGGUUCCAAGAAGCCCCUUCUGCUCAGAAUGAAAGUGAUUGUACCUGCACCGACACACACUUUCCUAUGCAGACUGAGGCCAGUGUUAAUGGCCAAAUACCAAAGGCAGAGAUUAGACCGCCAACGUUUUCUUCACCUCUGGUUAUCGCUCCAUCUCAGGUGUCUGAAAGUCACGGACAGUUGUCUUACCACGCUGAUCUUGAAUCUGAGAACCCUGGGCAGCUUCUUCAUGCUGAAUAUGACGAAUCACUAAGUGGCAAGCAUAUGUUCCCACAACCGUCCUUUGGACCUAAUCCAUUCUUGGGCCCAGUUCCCAUUGCACCUCAUUUCUUCCCUCAUGUUUGGAAGAGGGGGAGCGACAGAUAUGGGUACCCUUUUCAGGGAUUCUUAGAAAACCCAGUAAUGAGGCAGAAUAUUGUCCUGCCCUCUGAUGAGAAAGGAGAAUUGGAUCUACCGCUGGAAAAUCUGGAUCUGUCUAAAGAAUGUGCUUCCGUUUCAGCUGUAGAGGAGUUUCCCAAAGCCAGGGGUGAAGGUGCACAUUCUCUCCCUGAAGCAAGUGUGAGCAGUAAGCAUGAAGGCCGGGCAGAGCAGUCAUCCCAGACACGGAAAGCAGAUCUGGCACUGGCCUCUGUCCCUCCCGGAGGAGAGGGAACGGCUCAUCUUCCCGUUCAGAUUCUAAACACAGAGAGGGAAACUGUGCCAGUUGAACCUGAGCCUAAAAGGACCAUUCAGAAUCUGGAAGAAAAACCAAGAAAAGUAAAAGAUCCUAAGACUGCUGCUGAUGUGGUUAGCCCUGGGACCAACUCUGUGGAUAGCAGAGUACAAAGACCAAAAGAAGAGAGUUCAGAAGAUGAAAAUGAAGUAUCUAAUAUUUUGAGAAGUGGUAGAUCCAAGCAGUUCUAUAAUCAAACUUAUGGAGGCAGGAAAUACAAAAGUGAUUGGGGCUAUUCUGGUAGGGGUGGCUAUCAGCACCUGAGAGCUGAGGAGCCCUGAAAAGGGAAGCCAAGCAGAGGCCGGGAUGAAGGUUAUCAGUACCAUCGCAAUGUCAGAGGACGGCCCUAUAGUGGCGACAGGAGGAGAUCAGGGAUGGGAGAUGGCCACAGGGGACUGUGGGGAGCAGGGCCCAUCUGCUAUAACAUGGCAGGGCCUGUCGCCCGGGAGACAGAUAAGUACUAA